UACCAUGUUCAUUGCUAGGCAGUCAUUCGAGUAGAUCACAUCACGGGCAGGAGCGAUUCUCUGGAAGUGUAUGCAGGAUUUUAUUACGAGUCCGUGUCUAAACGAUCGUAACGGUGUGUGUGUCCUUGUGUUGGAUGUGAUUGUGGCGUUAAAAAUUAAUCAAACACAAACUUAAAUGGAAAUUAAGGCGGUAUGUGCUGUUGAGUGUUGAAAUAAAGUGAUCUAGUGUUUUGUGACUGUGCUGAAUAAAAAGUGUGUUCAAAGUGACAAAGUGACUCAAGAAACAGAAAUUAAGCUCAAACUCUUAUAACAGACUCAGCUUCGAAAGCAGUGAACAGUGAACAGUGAAAAAAUAAAAGAAAAAAAAAAACAGUGAUAACAAAACUAACCAAAAGUGUAGUAAAGCCACAUUUGCACAAAUCAUUGACUCAAUGUUGAAAAUGAUGUCAGGAGCCGUGCACGCCGAACGGGUCAUUCGCGCACCGCCCCAGAGCAGCGCGAUUUCGAAACCGCGUGCCGUCUACAGCAUAGAUCAGAUACUGGGGAACCACCACCAUACGCGAAGGACUAGCGGCCCCAACAACAAUAACAACAGUCUUACGAUUAACAACAACAACAACAGCAGCCCUGAUCAUGAAAAUUCGCUCAAACGAGAAGGCUCCCCUGUGGAGGUGCACGAUAAUGGCGUUGAUGUGGACAACGAUGACGAGCUGCCGAUCAUGGGUGAUAUCGAUCCGAUGGAUAACGAUCCGAACGAUAUGGGCCGUCCGAGAAAGAUUCGAAGAUCUCGGACAACGUUUACCACCUACCAGCUGCACCAGUUGGAGCGGGCGUUCGAAAAGACGCAAUAUCCGGAUGUGUUCACCAGGGAGGAGCUGGCGAUGCGGUUAGACCUUAGCGAAGCUCGUGUACAGGUUUGGUUCCAGAAUCGUCGUGCAAAGUGGCGCAAACGAGAGAAAGCCAUGGGACGGGACACAUCUGCCUUCCUCCAUCACGAACAAGGAAUGCCUGAAUUUCCACUAGCGCUACCGCUAACGCACAACAUACCGCAUCCAGCGCUUCCGACCGAGUUUUGGCCACCGAACUUUGGACUGCAUCCUUCGCUGCUGCCCGGCGCGCACGGGUUGCUUCAUCCGAACGUAAUGCCCAACUACAAGAUCCCGAACUUCCACGCCAUCCUGUCGCAGUACAUGGGGCUGAACAAUCUGUUCGGUGGCUAUCCGCAGAAUCUCAGCAUCAACACACGCAUCAGCCCCCAGAACAGCCCGAAGCAGAGUCCAACCAGCGUGCAACCGACGAUGGUUGGUGGGCCGGUCGGCAUUAACAACACAAGCAACAGCAGCACGAACAGUGGCGCAAGCAUUCUUAGCAGCAGUAACAGUAGCAGUAGUAGUAGCAGCAGCAGCUCCAGCAGCAGCGGUAGCAACUCUAACAUUAGCGUUGGGAGUAACACCAGCAAAGAGUGUAUCGUUGAGAAGUAAGAUGGCGCAGUAGCACCGAUGCAAUAUGUUAACGGGGGUAUAGAGGAAAGAUUAAAAUCUGACGAUAACAGAUUACGAUUAGGUGGGCUGUAAAUAGUCUAGAAAAAGAUGGAGCAACAAGUGCUGCAUCGUACGUAUACGUGAUUUAAGUUAGCGAGGGAUGUGUUUUUUUUGUUUAUUUGUUUUAUUGUAAUGUUUAACCAGCCAGUAAGAGAAUUCAUUCCACAAAAUCAAGGCAGAUUAGACAAGGGAAGAAGUGUAGCGCCAAUAUACCAACAUACCAAGGAUAAUCGAACAAACACAUUGAAGGAAGCGACCCGUGUACAUAAAGACAUAUAUAUGCAUAUAUUAUUUAAAGGCAACUCAAACUGUUUCGGAAGAAUGAUAAUGUUAGACCUCGUCCAUGAUAAGAGCAAACAAACACAUCAAUAAACGGUUAUCAAAAU